AUGGCAACAAUCCAACGCCUCCGCAACACCCUCCAGUCCGGAACCACCUCCUCCAUCCUCCGUCUAAACAAGGCCCAACCGGGACUCAUCUCCUCCCCACUCAGCAAACCAACAACCCAACUCAAACCCCAAACCCGAGGCUACACCCAAAAACAAGACAAAACACCUCCAUCUCCGACAGAUCAAGCCUCGCCCUCUCCCAACCACCCAAUCCCCUCAAACAAUGCCAAGCCAACCUUGCGCGAUGGCAACCAGUCGCCCAUUGCGGACGACGAGGGUAACCUGAAAGACGAUCUGCCUGAGGAUGUCAAGAAGCAUAACGAGGAGAUGGAAGAUCGCUAUGAUAAGCCUUAUAACCAUAUGGGUGACAAGGGCAGUCCUGAGAGCAACUUUGAGAGUAAAUGA